ACUGCCACUGCAGUGGCUCCAGACACGACGAAGCAGUCAGAUGGUACAUAUUACAAAUAUUCUCGUUUGUCUGAAACGUUGGUAGUUCUAGUAGAGACUACCAUUUGGUUGUUUCUGGAUAAAAUUAUUUCUUUGGUGCGUUCACUGCUUAACGAACUUCUAAUUAUAUGUAUCAUUAUUUCGUAUGAUUUGAACCAUUGUAUUAUGAUCGUGUGCUUUGUAGGUGGAUUUUCUGAUUUCCAGUCCAGGUAUCCGGAAUUGUGCGAAAAUACCGUAAGUAGCAUAAAUACGCAGCUCGAUCCUCCUGACUGGUUUUUGACUUUUCAGAGUAAUAACAUCACCUACGUCAUCAACCUCAGUGCCACAUGUCCCAAAUCUUGUUUAAUAGAGGAGACAAAUUUCCUGCGCAUUCCCGUGAUGGAUUCGAAUAGCGAAAAGAUAAUCUCUCACUUCGAAAGGGCUUUCCAUUUCCUCGACAAAGCGUUGAAGACCGGUGCCAAUGUACUAGUGCACUGUUUGGCAGGUGUUUCGCGCAGUCCGACAUUUGUCAUUGCGUACAUAAUGCGAGAACGAGGUCUCUCCGUUGAAGAAGCUUACAGGUUUGUUAAAGAAUGCCGCCCAUGCAUUGCCCCAAAUUUUAACUUUCUCGGCCAGCUGAUGCAGUACGAAAAGCAGUUGACGGAAAAGGUGAACAAAGGAAUGAACGUCGUCGCUACCACCACCGGCCGCAAGCACUGCUCAAAGUUUGGUCUCAGCGACCUGUCACUGGUUAAUCACGAACUCACCAAGAACUGUGCAUCGUUGAAAGUCGGUGCGGAAGUACGAGGGAACGUCGUCGUUGCUGGUCAGGCGAACCCUUCGGCGUCAGCGACGACUGCGCUGACCACUGUAAUUUUGCGGAAUAAGCAGCAUCACGAACAUCGCGAACAGCCCGAUCGUUACAAACACCGUUCAUCUCUAGUGGUCAGCAUCGGCGCCGCUUGUCUGCCGGUCGUCAGAGACAGUGCCAAAUGUAUCUUCAGAAGAAUAUCGCCUAUCAAAACGCAAGCUACUAAACCCGUGGUCGCGUUCGUCAGACAAUCAUCGAUUUCAUAA